AUGAAAGCUACGUCUCUACUAGCUAUAAUAUCAGUAAUAACUUCACUUGGCCACGCAUCCUCGAUAAGCAGCAGCAAAAAUAUCAUCUGCAACCCAGAAGACGCCAGUGAUUGUUACCCCAAACUAUUUGAGCCGAGCGAGCAGUGGCAAACGAUCAGACCGGGACAGGAAAUACCACCUGGGCUACACGUGAGAUUGAACGUUGACACAUUGACCAAGGAAGCGAAACUUAUGGCUCCCGAAGAUAAAGACAAAGAUGAACAUGUGAAUGAACUCGUUGUGGGUGAAGGUGGCGUAAUCGACCAUGACCAUGAUGAUGAUAAAGAAGUGGACAAGUCGAAGCUGUCGUCGGUGUCACCACAGCAAAAACUACGGGGGGAGCAGAUUCAGCAGAUAUUGAAGAAUAAAGUUGGCUACAAGCCCAAGACUCGAGUCAACACGCAAGAUUUGACGAAUUUCCAAGGUGCCAUGGGUGAGAUUGGCCAGUAUGACAUUAGCGGCGCCACCAGUGAAGACGAUAGGAGGCUAGACUUGGCGCUUGAGACGUUGGAGGAGUACGUUCACGAUAUCGAGUUGGGAGCCAAGUUGACUCAUAACACAGAUGUGCUUUCCAAGUUGGUCUACUUGGCUCAACAUGGAGGCAACGAGCAACUCCUGGGCAAAAUCUAUAACAUCAUAGCUUCUGCGUUGAGGAAUAACCCCGACGCGGUGGAUAAUGUUGUUGACGGCGGGUUUGAUUACGUGUCAUUCACUAAGGACUUGUUUGAUCAAUUGGGCAGCACCGGCAAUGAUGCCAUUCAAAAACGGAUCCUUGGGAUCAUUCAAGCAUUGGCUCAAAAUGCCAAAUUUGUGCAGCGUUUUUUCACUUUUGGCACCGGCGAAGAUGGAUUGGAUUACAUUGUUUUACAUUUCAACCAAUUGGGGCCCCAGGCUAAACAACGAGCAGCUAACAUCUUGCAGGACUUGCAAGUGUUUGGCAAGUCCAACGACAGACGCUCAGUCGAGGACACCGAUCCCAACUCGAACGUGUCGCGUUUCAUUCAGCAGACGCUUGCCGAAAACAAGCUCCUGGAUCCAGCUGAGUUUAAGAAAUAUUUCCAAAACUUGGUGAAUUUGCACCAACUGGACUCCGAGUUGAAACCCAUGAGGGAGUUUUUGAGCUGGUUGAGUGAAGAGGUUGAACUGCGCAAGGAGAAGAGGAAAAGGGACAAUGUCCCCGUGGAAGAAAAGGAAUUUGACGAAGCCAUGAUGAGGGCAAGACAUGAGGUCUUUGGAAAUCCCAUGGGGUUGAGAAAGGCUAUCGCUGAUGAGUUAUAG